AUGAAUGUUCAAGAGGCGAAAACACACGCGCCACAACCAAGCAAAUGCUUUUACGAAUGCUGGGUACUCGAACUGGAAGAAGCAGUACAGUAAUAUCACAAAGCACGAAAAGUUCGAAAGUCAUAUAAAUGCCAAGAUUGCUCAAGUUAUCUUUUUGCAAGGACGAUCAAUCGAUUCGUGCUUGAAGCAACAAGAAAAGACCGAAAUUUUGCGUAGGAAGAAAGAAGUCGUUGCAAACCGCAGCCAUUAUGAAACGUGUUGUCGACACUGUUGUACAUUUGGGAAAGCAGGGACUUGCUUCCAGAGGGCAUCGAGAAUUGCUAAUUGAUGACCCAGAAGCAAACAAAGGAAAUUUUCUAGAGUCGCUGAAUUACCUGUCGACCUUACGAUAUAACAACUGCGAAUCAUCUUGAAAAGGUUAGAAAUCAACAAGCUAUAUCGAGAAGAAAGGGCGGGAAAAAAGGUGCCAAAGGACGGGGUUCGAAACUAACUUUCCUCAGCAACGAUACGCAGAAUAAUGUGAUCAAAAUUAUUGGAAGAGAAAUCGCCUCGCAAAUUGUCAAAGAAAUCGGUAAUUGCAGAGCAUGGGCAUUAAUAGCCGACACCACACCGGAUGUCAGUCACCACGAGCAGCUUAGUAUUUGUGCAAGGAUCGUUAAUCGUAAUGGAAAAUGCUCCGAGCAUCUUUUGUCUUGCAAAAGAGCUUCCGGUACAAGAGCAAUGGAACUAUACAAUCUAAUCUCAGAAACACUUGUCUCGAAAGGUGUGUCGUUUGGUAAACUCGUAGCACAAACAUACGACGGCGCUUCGAAUAUGAGCGGCUGCUACAACGGCUUCCAAGCGAUCAUCAAGGAGAAAGGUGGAAAGCAUGUUGCUUUUGUCCACUGUUAUGCGCAUACGCUUAAUCUUGUUUUGUCCGACUCUGCAAGUGUUGAUGUUCAAGUAAUAAGCCUCUUCAAUGACCUCGAAGCCUUGUACGUUCUCUUUAGCAAGACACAAAGAAUCCAUGAUUUGUUCGAAGCUGUCCAACUGGAAGAGAAUCUGAAAGUCCUUUCCCUAAAGAGACUUAAUACUGUUCGUUGGCAUUCACACGAGUUGUGUCUAAAGGUCCUUCUCUCUCGUUAUGACUGCAUUUUAAGUGUCCUGGAAACCGUUGCGUUGGACAGUUUAAUUGAUGGAAACCCACGAAAAACGAGCAUUGGCUUAUUGAAGCAGAUUCAAACAAAGCAGUUUCUGGCUACCGCGUACCUCUUUCGAGAAAUAUUUGCAUCCACUGGUCUGCUAAGCCGAUAUUUACAACACGUUGAUGUUGAUUUUGGAAAAGCCCUGGGUAUGGUCGAAAGCGCGGUUGACGAGCUCAAUGAAUUGCGUAAAGAACCGGAGCUAAUUAUCAGAUACGUUGAGCAAAAACACGACUCCCCCAGCGUGACUUGGCAACAACCAAGAAUCAGACGUCGAAGACGAAUGGAUGAUGAAAAUGCCGAAGACGAACCUGCUGAAACACCAGAAGAUCACUGGAAACGUAACACAUUUUAUGUUUCUGUGGACACGAUCUUGAAUUCAUUGAAGAAUCGGUUUGAGAAAAACCAACCCUUGCUCCAAGCUUUUUCGUUGUUUGCCCCAAGCCGUUUCCCACAACUUGUGAAGAAUUUCAAAACCACACAUGAUCUUCAAGCGUGCCUUAACACCUUUUGUGAAACGUACAGUAUAGAUGCGUUUAGAUGUGCUGACGAAUUGUUCAAUUUUGUUCGUUCUUUUGAGAAAUUUGACUGUUCAACUGUCUGCCAGCAAGAAGAUGAUGAUGAUGACAGCGAAGACGACGAGGGCGACGAUGACUAUGAUGAUGAUGACGGCGAGGACAACGGAUGGUUAUGA